AUGGCUGCGCUGGGGUGUUACUUGGAAGAUGGAGCCUCCAAGGGUGCCUGGCUGAACCGGUCGAGCAUCAUUUUUGCUGGCAGCGAUAAGUGGUCGGUAGACCCUCGAGUCUCCAUUGCCACGGCAAACAGAAGAGAGUACAGCCUGCAGAUACAGGACGUGGACGUGACUGACGACGGUCCCUACACCUGUUCGGUGCAAACUCAGCACACGCCUAGAACGAUGCAGGUGCACUUAAUUGUACAAGUCUCCCCGAAGAUAUUCCGCAUUUCGAACGACCUCGUUGUGAACGAAGGGAGCAACGUGACGCUCGUGUGCCUGGCGGCCGGGAAGCCGGAGCCCUCCAUCUCCUGGAGACACAUCUCRCCGUCGGCGAAGCCCUUUGAGAGCGGGCAGUACCUGGACAUCUAUGGGAUCACCAGGGACCAGGCCGGGGAGUACGAGUGCAGCGCUGAAAACGACGUCUCCGUCCCGGACGUGAAGAAAGUAAAAGUCACAGUAUACUUUGCCCCCACAAUUCAGGAACUUAAGUCCAGUGGUGUGAUGCUUGGAGGGAAUGGCCUGAUAAGAUGUGAAGGUGCAGGAGUUCCUGCCCCGGCCUUUGAGUGGUACAAAGGCGAAAGGAAACUGAUCAAUGGCCAGCAAGGAAUUACUAUUAAAAACUAUAGCACCAGAUCCCUUCUCACUGUUACCAAUGUGACAGAGGAGCACUUUGGCAACUACACGUGUGUCGCUGCCAACAAGCUCGGCACCACCAAUGCCAGCCUGCCUCUGAACCCCCCCAGUACUGCCCAGUACGGGAUUACCGGCGCUGCCGAAGUGGUCUUCUCCUGCUGGUCCCUUGUGUUGACACUGUCCUCUCUCACCAGCAUAUUCUACCUGAAGAACAUCAUUCUGCAACACGUGUAAAGAACCAUAAACGGCUUCUAAGGAUUCUCUGAAAGUGCUGAUGACUGGAUCCAAUCUGGUAGAGUUUGUUAAAAGCAGCGUGGGAUAUAAUCAGCAGUGCUUACAUGGGGAUGAUCGCCUUCUGUAGAAUUGCUCAUUAUGUAAAUACUUUAAUUCUACUCCUUUUUUGAUUAGCUGCAUUACCUUGUGAAGCAGUACACAUUGUCCUUUUUUAAGACGUGAAAGCUCUGAAAUUACUUUUAGAGGAUAUUAAUUGUGAUUUCAUGUUUGUAAUCUACAAGUUUUCAAAAGCAUUCAGUCAUGGUCUGCUGAGUUGCAGACUGUAGUUUACAAAAAAAAAAAGAAUAUUGCAGUAAAAAUGUGCUUCUUUAAGGCUGCAAUACAAACAUUCAGUUCCCUUCUUAAAUAACAUUCUAUCUGCAUUUACACAGAAGCAUUUUUUCUUUUUUUGMUUAAAAAAAAAAUCAAAAAAAAGCCUUCAAAAUAUUUCUUCAAAAUGUUACACAUAUCUAGAUUUUCUUCUAGCAUGAUAUUCAGGUUUCAAGAAUGAGCCUUGUAUUAUAACUGCAUUGUGCAGUACUGCUUUUUUUGUUCCCUUUUCUUUUUCCUGCCAAUUCAGCAUGGGUGUGCCUUUAUAAAAUACUACUUUUCUCCUCCUCUCCAAUAAAUCCGGAAUGUGUUUUGGGAAAUGCUAAAGCAUCCUUUUGAGCGUAGCUGAUCUCCAAUUGAGGACAAAGGUGCUAUUGGGGAAAAGAUACCUCUGCCUCCCGCCCGGCAGGUCAGGGCACUGCUUCAGGCCUAGCCUAAGUUCUAUGCUUAGGCCAUCAGUCAAGGAUAGCACCAAAGCCUUUCUAUUCUUUCCAUAUACUAUCACUAAUCAGUAGAUGAUCUCUGUUAAAACAAGUGUUCCCAUUACAAAGCAAAACACAGAGUAUUUUCGGACACCGCGUGAAUGUAAAAGUUUUUCCCUCAGUCAUUCUAAAUCAAAAUCCUUAAGUGGCUGUAUAUGUGAGAAGCUGAAUAGUCCCUUUUUUAUUAUUGCCCCAAACGAUGUGAUUUUUAUGUUUGGCUACUUUAGCAAUGAUAAAGGAUGCUUUUAAAUAUUAGAUAUCUGAAAAUACACUAAGUAUCAAGCAGAUUUUUUAUAUAUAUAUAAUACAUAUACAUGUUAAAACGAGGUUGCUCCAAUAACUGUACUUAAGUGCAUGUUACCAAUGAUGCAUCUUUAAAGACAGAACUUCAUUACUCAUGUACUAAUAUUGUACGARUAUCUUGCUACAGCAGUUAACUUCUCUGUAACUCAGUGAAGGACAAGUUUCAAAAUAGCAUAUAAUGUUACUAAAUUCUUUUCUUUUUUAGAAACACAGCUCCAUGCUGCACUAACAUAACCCUUUGCUCACAAAUUACAGCUGAGKUUGAAAAUGUCGUCCAUAUAAAUUGCUGGGAUUGACUAUGAUGUCCAACAGCCUUUGAAUACAGGAUCUCACAUUGACCCCAUAGAGGUUGACUUGCUUAUGAAACAACUGUUGAAAACAAAUAUAAUAAAAAAACUACAUUAUUAAUUUACUUUCCAUGGACCUGUUUUAUGUAGGAAUUCUAGUAGGUAACGAUACAAUUACUAUAACACMUUUUCUCCUAAGUUUUUGUAGCUAGCAAUACCGGAUGAGUACUGUGCAAACUCAGCAGUUCCAAAUUCAGCUUGCAAAUAUUCCCGGUUUUGAAAGUGCAAACUUUGAAUUUCUUUAGUUUAUGCUAUCCCAUGCUAAGAUGUAGACAGAUUAUACAGUGAAUCUGUUUCGUUACUGACUAACCUAGAUGCAGGGUAUAAACUGAAAUAYAGUGACUCCAAAAUAUGGCAAUAAAAUGUCUUAAGCCACGCUACUUCUGUUCAGUGAUAGAAUUAACAGAUUCUAUGACAUUAUUUUGAGCUGUGUGCUAAGCCAUUACUAUUGUCAAAAAAUGUGGCAUUUUUUAAAACCUUGAAUAACAUGGCAAAAUUCACUCUUUACAGAAAUCGUAUAAAAAAAACAGUUCAAAUUAUAUACUGUCCUGAUCUCUCUUGUAUUGCAGCUUUAAAGUGCUAUAUUUUAGAACUAUUCAUUAGAAACAGUGGUGCUUCAGAAAAUACCACGUCAGUAUAGCUCUGUGAAGACGGAAAAGAAAGAGUUAGGAUAUGCAUAACCCAACUCAUAUGCCUCUUCCUACAGAAAAUUGAGAGCUGUUCCUAUACUGUGGCUGGACAACAUAUGGUAUUUUGAUAAACAGCUUCAGCGAUUCCUAUAUCUGGAACAUGAUAAUUCCAGCAACAGAAUAGAAUAAACAGCUGUUCUAUUAAAUACAAAAAUGAAAGCARUGACAGUUUCAUUCUGGGUGCCACUGGAACAGCAUGGACAUUUGGGGACAUAAUUAUUGUCAAGUCUAAAAAGGAACAAAACAAAAAACAGAACAAAUAUUUCUAGUGCCAAUGGCAUUUUCUUAGGUGGACUGGGCAUUUAAACACCCGUGAGAUCUGCRUGUUUAGCGAGGAGACCUGUGUGUGCGUGCAGAUUGCAGGCUCAGCCCCUCGCGCUGGGCUGCCCGCACGUGCCCUCGGGGUCUGUAGGGUUUGUGUCUCGAAGGCUGCUUGUCAACAUUUGACCAUUUAACCCUCCAGUCCUACAGAGACACAGGCGUGCUUGACUUUAUGCACCGAUUUACUCAAAAAUCAGAGUUCGUAAAGUCAGUCAACCUUGGUUUUUGUAGGAUUGGAGCCAUAGGCAAUACAGGUAAAUAAAGAAACUUGAUUCUUUGGUUAAUCUGUUCCAUACGGUAAACUGGUAAUUGUACAGUUUGGGACUUAUUGGGAUGUUCUUCCAAAAUGGACUGUGCAGACUGUUGCAAACGGAAUACAAUAGCAUUCUACAAGACCUAUUCACCCUUGAAUUUCUGGGGUGUACCUGCUUUAGGCAACUGUUUCAAGGUAUGUUCUAUGCUUUUCCAAUUCACUAACCCAUACUGUUUCAUAUCUGUUGAUCAAAUAUCACUAUAUUUAUUCCCA